UUGUGUAUUACAGGGAAUCUACAACUGCGCUACACACCUCUCACUUUAACUGUAAGCACCUCAACUGUUUUGGGAUACCUAACGAAAAAUUUGAAGCCAGGAAAGCCCCACAAAUUGAUAAGGCACGAAUUAAAUGACAAUGGAAGAAAUCGUCGCUCUGAGGUAACAUUGGGUGAGAAAUGGAUCCUCUUUGAUAACAAGCAACGAUCGGCUCAAUUGCUCGAGCGCGAUGAAGCUACGGAACACUUCCCAAACCCGAAAUCACACUAA